AUGAAGAUUUCUCAGAGUCUUCAGAAGAGUUACCAUGAUAAGAGGAGAAAAGCACUUGAAUUUGAAAAGGAUGAUCAUGUAUUUUUGAGAGUCACUCUGGUAACGGGUGUUGGUAGAGCUUUGAAGUCACGUAAGUUAAUGGCGCAUUUUAUUGGUCCAUAUCAGAUUACCAAAAGAGUAGGUGAGGUGGCAUAUCGGAUUGCGUUACCGCCGUCACUUGAUAAUCUUCAUGAUGUAUUUCACGUGUCUAAGUUGAGGAGAUAUAUUGCGGAUCCUUCGCAUGUUGUCCAAUUAGAUUAUGUUGAGGUUAGAGAUAAUUUGAACGUGGAGACAUUACCUAUGCAGAUAGAAAAUAGAGAGGUGAAACAACUUCGAGGCAAGGAAAUCAUUUUGGUGAAGGUCGUUUGGGGUGGACCGGAUGGAAGAAAUGUGACGUGGGAGCUUGAAAGCAAGAUGAAAGAUUUUUAUCCCGAUUUGUUUGUUUGA